UUUGGUCAAACUGUUUGAAGAAAACAGAGACGUUUGAUCAUCCAAUAAAGAAGGGGGGAAAGGGAAAAGUGUUAAAAUUUAAAAAAUAUAUUUGGCCUUCCGCUGCGGCAGCCAUCGAAGAGUAGCCGCCAUGGCUGUGCGCUGCCCUAUGGCCGUGGGCCUCGACCAGGGCCACCAGGUGACCAAGAACGUGAGCAAGCCGAGGCCCAGCCGCCGCCAUGGGUGCCUCCCCAAGCACACCAAGUUCGUGCAGGCCAGGAUCUGGGAAACAUGUGGUUUCGCAUCCUAUGAGCGAAGGGCCAUGGGGCUGCUCAAGGUCUCCAAGGACAAGCGGGCACUUAAGUUCAUCAAGAAGUGGGUGGGCACACACAUCUGGGCCAAGAGGAAGAGAGAGGAGCCGAGCAGCGUGCUGGCCACCAUGAGGAAGGCCGCUGCCAAGAAGGACUGA